AUGAAAACAAAAACGUCCAUAAAACAAAUAUGUAAUCUUUGCAAAAUAGUAAGACGUAAUAAGAGGUUAGUAAAUACUUGUAAGUUACAUAAAAACCACAAACAUAAACAAAAAUGA